CUCAAUUGGUUUGGCUCAUUUCUUGAAACUGAGAUGACAUUCUCAAAAUAACAUGGACAAAUCCCCAAACCCACUUGCAAUUUCUCACAACAGAUUGGCAUUUCUCAUUGCUUUCAUCAAAUUGCAAAUCCUUUGUACAUGUCUCAAGUGUCUAGUGCAUCCUUGCAAAUGGUUAUGUACAAGUGGCCCACAGUUAACACAAUCAUCCCACAUUUAGCACAACUUCCAAAUGAAUAGAUGUUCGUAAUCCAUCCCAAUUAGCUGUUUCUCAAUGUACUGUAAUGGUCGUUCCCUCCAAAACAUGUCAGAACAAUUUCAUCGUAUAAGUCAUCAUAUGCAGAAUAGUCUGCUCAAUUGUCAAAAUUAGUCAAGGACAUAAUACAAUAUAGUAUAUAUAUUUUUGGAAGAUUUUGGAAGAUUUUUGGAAUAAAUACAUGGCAGCCAGGUGAAUAAGUGACAGGUGAAUUCAGGUUUUGACUAACGAUGGAGGAGUUUCCCACAUCACAGAUGACCAAUCCAACAGUUUGUGGAGUUACCUGGCAGGUGUUGUGUAUGACUAUGACUGCUGCCAUACAUGUAUACUGUAUAUAGAGCUUGGCCUGGUGCCAGUACUAUUUGCAGAGUGAACAUGGAGGAACCUCAACAAGGACAACUUCCAGCUGGAGGAAGGGGAAGAGGAAGAGAAGGAGGAGGAAGGAGAGGAAGAGGAAGAGGAGAAGGGGUGCGGAUGCGUGGUGGUGGAGUAGGGGGAAGAGGGCGAGGAGUGCGUAGGCAUCACACUGUCCCCGAUGAAAUUUGAGCCACCAUUAUUGAUCAUGUAGUCAAUCAUGGCCUAACCAUGGCAGAGGCAGGGCGCCGAGUGCAGCCUAACGUGCCACGCUCUACAGUCUCCUCCAUCAUACAACCCUUUCGCAGGGAAAACAGAAUUGGGCGACAGCCUCCUUUGGGCGGUAGAAGGAGAUUGCUUACAGAUCCCCAGGAACAAGCCAUCUGCAACAUGGUUAUACAAAACAAUGCCAUCACACUCACACAGAUCUGCAAUGCAGUCCUUCAAGACGAAUCCAUCUUCCACAAUAUCAACUCCAUUAGCAUCUCAACCAUAGACCGGGUACUGAAGAGAAAUCAUAUGACCAUGAAACAAAUAUACAGGGUACCAUUCGACAGGAAUACAGAGAGGGUGAAAGAACUGCGGUACCAGUAUGUGCAGAGAAUAAUGGCAUUGGAGGGGAUUGAAACACCUCAUCUCCUGGUGUUUGUAGAUGAGGCUGGUUUCAAUCUGGCCAAGAGCCGCAGGCGCGGACGUAACAUCAUUGGCCAGCGGGCCACAGUGGACGUCCCGAGUCAAAGAGGGGGAAAUAUUACAAUGUGUGCGGCCAUUUCUGACAAUGGUGUGGCCACACGUAUUGCAAGCCUGGGCCCGUACAACACUCAGAGGCUCCUCCUCUACCUGGACCGUCUGUAUAUGGAUUUAGUCCCCGAAAAUGAAAGGGGUCUCGAAGCACCCCACCUACCACAGUUUGUCAUUGUGUGGGACAAUGUGAGCUUUCACCGUGGCCCACUCAUCAGAGCAUGGUUCAACAGCCAUCCAAGGAUGCGUAAUGUGUUUUUACCACCAUAUUCGCCGUUUCUCAAUCCUAUUGAAGAGUUUUUCUCUGCUUGGAGGUGGAGAGUUUAUGAACGCCACAUUGGGGAUCAGAGGUCUCUCCUCAAUGCGAUGGAUGCUGCCUGUGAAGACAUCACAGGCGAUCAGUGUCGGGGUUGGCUAAGACAUUCACGCCGCUUCUUCCCACGCUGCAUCGCAAGGGAGAACAUCCGGUGCGAUGUAGAUGAAAAUCUGUGGCCAAACAGAGAGCAGUGGAUGGAUGGCCAGGAGGAUGAGGAUGGUGACCAGGAGAGGGUGGGGGAAGACGGCAACAGCGACUAGUCCAAGUGUUUCAUUUCUGGAACUUUAUUGCUUUUUUGGUUCAUGUUUAUAUUUUGCCAUACAGCCUUUCAGCGUGAGGACACAUGAUAUCACAUGCAGAAGGUCAAUGCAUAUUUUCCUUUUACCUAUAUUCUCUGUACAUAAUGCAGUAAUGCAUGCAAUUUGGUUUGUGUGAAAAUUGUGUGAAUAAACAAUUUCCUUGGCGAAAUGAGUGCACUGUGUGUGGUGUCAAACUUUGGAGGCUGCUCUCACUGUAAAACCCUAUUUCUCCAGUUUUAUAUAUAAUAGUAUUCCUUUAGCUAGACCUCUGACAAAAUGUCUAAGCAUUUUGACUUGCAGUGCUUACACAAUGCCAAAGGGACAAUGCAUUUUGGGGGCAUUGACUAUUUAUUUGAGAA